UGAAUUCCUAAGGCUCAAAGAUAAACGUGAUAUAAUCACAAUUUCUGUCCCCCGAGGAUUCAUUGCACCGCGUACCCAGAUCACGUUAUCUGGAGAGGAUUUGCAGCAGGUUGCUACGUGUAACUACAUCGGCAACCAGGGAAUGCUGUUUGGAAUGAUGCACAUAUGGGAGAGCAUCAACGGUCUGAGAAAAAUUUUCAAGUUUUACGACCCAGAGCUUCUCACAGUGCAUGGGAUCAACGAUGAAGAACAGAGUCAGUCUUUUGACGAUGCGGCAAGACGAUUGGCUAAUUGGUUAUCAUUAAUGAACAACAACCACCAAAUGUUCUUUAUUCCUUGGAAUAUCGGGAUGCAUUGGACGCUAGUGGUGGUUGCGCCAAGGAAAAUUAUCCAUUUAAACCCUGUAAAAGGCCGCCCAAUUCCCGAAGAAAUAGAACAAAUGAUCGGAAGGGCAUUCAUGUAUAUAGGGGACGCACAUCAGUAUCUUGGCCCGUGGCAAGGAAUUUCACAAGCAAACUGUCCAAGACAACCUAAAAGCCAAGAAUGCGGUUUUUAUGUUUUGAAAUAUAUCACUGACAUCGUCGCACGUGCCAACCCCAACCGUUACAUACAAGAUCAAAAAGCUUUUGGGGGUAAGAAGCAAUACGAUCCAAAAACAGAAUUGUUACCACUACAGCGAAAGUGGAUCGAACAAUUGAUGGCGGUGAUUCACGGUGACGAUUGAGGUUCAAAGGUCGAAGAAUUUUUCUUCAUUAUGUAAUUUUUAUAGAUUAACUUGUAAUUAGAUUUAUUAACUUAUUAAUAUU